AUGGCUGCUACAUUUUCUUUCUUCUUUGUGACAAUCUUGAUCUUGGUUUUCCCCAUUGUCGAAGGUCGAAUUCUUGAACAUGAAGGUUCAGAAAUUAGUAGUGAAAGGAUCUCAGAUGGAGUUGAACACAAACUCAAGAAUCAGUCAAAUUAUCUAAGUCUAGGCAACUUGAAGGAACUUCCUUCAGGGGAUCAAUGUAAUCAUAUAUAUGGUUUUUUUCCAUGUGCAGAGAAUAUUGGAGGGUACUUAUUCAUGAUUGUCACAUUUCAGUACUUGUUGAUUCUUGGUGAGAAAGUAUUGGCCAUUGGAAGCAACAGGCUCUUUAGUAUCCUUGACACUGGUAUUUUUGGUGCAAGUAUCUUUCCCACACUUAUAACUUGGCCAAGAAUUGUUAUGGCCUUUGCAUCUGGACUAUUGGUUACUAGAGAGAAAGCUCAAGUAUCAGUAUCUUCUGCACUUGGUUCCAAUGUUGGUUCUAGUGUUUUGAAUCUUACUGUACUCUGGGGCAUAUGUGUUAUACUUGGCAGACAAAAUACCUCAACAAAUUCAAAUAGUGCAGAAUCCUCCACUUCUACUUUGAAGUUGGAGGACUUGAAGGGUAUGUAG